CUUGUGACUGACGAACAACAAGUUAACAACACAUAAUACAAAAUAUUGCGCCUCGUAACACAAAUCGAGGUAGCCUUCGAAAUUCUAGUAGUUCUUAUAGUCUGCCGGUUUUUACUUUGUUCAGACGGUUUCGGCGCUUUCUUCUCAACUACCUCGGUAGCUACGGAAAUAUAUUUGUUGAAACCCCCCAUACCUAAAAUCUCACGGGCACGUUAAUAUCAUAGACCUCUAACGUCGGACGGAAGGCUUGGAUAUCAGGUUCAGUUGGAAUGGAGGAGAUCCGGUCGACUGCGAUUAUCGCAACAACCGUAGCGGUAACUGUUGCCCUUACUUCGCUCGCUCAAUUUGCGUUGUGGUCUGAGAAGCGAGCCGUCAUUCCCGGUCCUCUCUCGACUGGGCUUCAUAAGCUAUCCAAAGCUGAACUUGCUCAAAUUCCGUAUAGUCCAGACACAUUUCCGGGUGCCCGAGAUGUAGUUACGCCAUACGGAAAUAUCCGCGUGUAUGAGUUUGGACCUGAAGAUGGCCGCAAAGUCUUAUUCAUCCACGGUAUCAGUACUUCAUGCAUGACUCUCAAGGAUAUCGCGAUCCCGCUUGCCGAGAAGGGUUGCCGAGUUAUGCUUUUUGACCUAUUCGGCCGAGGCUUCAGCGAUGCGCCCGGCGAUGUGCCCUACGACACAAGAUUAUUCGUAACUCAAAUAUUGCUUGUGCUAGCAUCCUCGAAGCUAUCAUGGACAGGCGAUAAUGGCCUCCACCUUGUCGGCUAUUCGCUCGGCGGUGGUAUCGCCGCCAACUUCGCGGCUACUUUUCCCAACAUGGUUGAGACUCUAAUCCUCUUCGCGCCCGCCGGACUCAUCCGCCCGGAAAACGUCGGCGGCGCGAGUCGGCUCAUAUUCACGUCGGGCAUCGUACCCGAGCGCAUACUCUCGUGGAUCACCAAACGCCGCCUGCGGCAGCCCAUCGCCUCGUCCAUAUCCAAGAAGGUUAGGAAGUCGAUCUCCGACGCGUCAACCAACGCUCCCCUUAAGAGCGAGCGUAGCGACGACUUCGUCGACCUCGCGGUGCAAGAGGCCAUAGAUCCCGUGGAUGAGCCGCCCCAGACCCCAUUCGAGCGCCAGGUCAUGGACUGCGUGCACUGGACGCUCGAUUUCCACGAGGGGUUCGUGCAGGCUUUCAUGUCGACGAUCCGCCACGCGCCGUUGAUGGGGCAGCAUGAUUAUUGGCGACAGCUAGCGAAGCGAAAGCCGGGAACCACCGCCGUCUUGCUUGGAAAGAAUGAUAACAUGAUUCAAAGAGACGAUUAUACUGAGGACGCCCUUCCUCUUCUCGGUGGUAAGGAGAAUGUGUAUUGGCGCGUCGUACCCGGUUCGCAUAACUUUCCUUUCACACACGGACCCCAGACACUAGAGCGUAUCUACGAGUUCUGGGGAUGGAAUUAAGCAAGGGUCUUGGGAGAAGGCGUUUGGGGUGCGGCUGGGUAGAUUACUAGAUUUUAGAAGUUCCUUGCUAGCAUCACGGUCACGAUUACUCCGGGGAGGGCCAUAGACUAACGCGCGCGUAGAGAAUUGUAUCAUUAGUAUA